AUGGCUGCUGGAGAGAAACAUCAUUUCUGUACCACAGCCUGGGCGCGGCUGAGCAUCGACAUUUCCUACCUGGUCGGGCUGAAGGUACCCCAUGUGGCCACCUUGGGUUGGCACACCUCACUGCACGCGGGCCCCGGCCUCCAGUGGCGCGCGGGGCCUUUGGCCGCGCGCAAAACGGCCUUUGUGCCCCGGAACGUGCUGACACGGCGGGUACAAGGUCAGCUGUUUGCUGCGAUGUUGGGGCACUUCAACCAGUUGCCUUGGGUGCAAAGCGCGGGCAUUGAAGUUGAGGUUUGGCAAGGAGGCUUCGAGAGCAUCAACCGCGAUGCUGGUGAUCCUUGGCGGGGCCAGGCGCACGGAAGGAUUUGGUGGAGUGACGCCGUAGAGUAUAUGGCAGCCGUAUAUUUGGCUGGUGACAUCACCCUGCUGACCUUCAAUGAGCUUUAUGCCAUGCAGGUGCCCACGUUGGUCCCAGAGAUCGGCUGGCAAGCCAGGAUCAUGGCCGACAUGUGCAACACUGGCAUUGGUUGGUUCUUCAAGCAUUCGCCCCUUUACAACUUGCCCGAGGGUGAGGAGAACUUUGCCUUCACCCCCUGGGGCUGUGACUCCCUGGAUCGCUUGCGCUAUUGGCUCCAGACCGCGGAUGCCUGGCGCUAUCCUCACGUGGUCCACGUCACGUCUUUCGUGGACCUCUAUCAGCACUUGCUGCGCUGGGCCAACGACCCUACUGAGCCCCAAAGGCGAAGCGAAGCGAUGGCAAAGUUCCAUCUGGAUUUGAGUAUCAGGAGCCUGGCUUACUUCCGCUCACUCCUCGCGGCCAAGUUGCCCCUGCCGGUGGUCGAGGCGCCCACGUCCAAAGGUGUCGUGGCGGCGCUUCAGGUUUCAGCGCUGCACACCUUGCGCAGGACGCGAGCUUCGCGAACGCGAAGGCGAACGCGACGCGAGCAACCAAGCGAGCUUCGCGAGGCGACGACGAGGCGAAAGACUUCGGGGCGGGACAAGUGGCGCUCGGUGCCGCGAGAUGGAUGGGGAGAGGUGGGUCAUCCCGAGCUGGGUCAUGUUGAGGCCUUGGAGGAACUAGCCACCGGGACAAUUUCCAUCCGCGGGCCCUUCGAUGACACCGUGCUGCAGACGCUGGGCUUGCGGCAAAACGGGAUGAAUUGGUUCGACGAAGUGACGGAGGUGCUGGUGCUCGGGCUUCAGGAAGCUUCGGGUGCAAAAGACAUGAGACCUGGGCACCAUUUGGGCACGACAAAGCUCAAUUCGUGGUGCAGCAUCCAGAGUGAAGAAAGCGAUACGACCAAGAGCCGCCUGAGGAUCUUGCAGACCACUAUCGAGCAGACGCUGAAGGCGUUCUGCGCUCAAAGAGCCUCAGCUGCGUUCAACCCGGUUUGGGUCCAAAACUGCGUUGGGCAGUCCGAUGGCGAGACUGAAAAAUGUGAGGCGGUAGAGGUUUCAAGCAGAAACAACAAAGACUGUUUGCAAUAUCACCUGGAUUAUGCAUAA